GGAAUCAGUUUCCUCCUGUUGCAGCUCAAGAUCUUCAGUUUGUUCUGAAGGCUGGAUACUUGGAAAAACGCAGAAAAGACCACAGUUUUCUCGGCUUUGAAUGGCAGAAGCGUUGGUGUGCUAUCAGUAAGACGGUCUUCUAUUAUUAUGGAAGUGACAAAGACAAACAACAGAAAGGUGAAUUUGCCUUAGAGGGAUACACCAUCAGAAUGAAUAAUAGUCUUCGGAAGGAUGCAAAGAAAGAUUGCUGUUUUGAAAUCUCCGCUCCUGAUAAGCGCAUUUAUCAGUUUACAGCUGCCACUCCCAAAGAAGCAGAGGAAUGGGUACAGCAAGUCAAAUUUGUAAUUCAAGAUAUGGAAUCUAAUACUAUUCCUGAGGAGGAGGAACUGGAAUAUGACGAUGUUGGACAAGUGAGCAGUGAACCAAUAGAUGAUAGCAUUUAUGAAGAAGUUAAAGAUAAAAAGCUGCCCUCACAGAAUAGUUAA